AUGGGGAUCCCGUUCCUCACAAAGCAUAUUCUACCUCACGCAGAUCGCGUUUCCUUUGGCAGGGAGAGCAAAUCAAGCGGCCUUCCUUGUAUGCCGUCCGUGGUCAUUGACGGCCCGAGUCUGGUAUAUCAUGUCUACUAUCGGCUGCUAGCUUGGCUUGACGCCCCGCCUACUUGCAAAGAGGUCAGCAAGGGUGUAAUUCUGUGCCUUCAGCAGCUAAAGGACCACGAGGUUCAAAUACAUCAAAUAUGUUUUGACGGCGCCCUGCCCCUUUCCAAACGGGAUAUACGGCUUUCCAGGCUUGAAAAGGCCCGCCAGCGCCUGGAGAUUUGUCGUCAACGUCCAAGACCGCCUUACGUCAAUAAGGGAACCGAAACAGCCACGAUCGAGCCCGCCUUCUUGUGGCAAGGCCAAGAGAUUUCCUCUCAAUGGAAAGACAUCCCAGAAAGCCCCUUCAUGGUGCCCACUGUAUUCAAUGAUCUCCGCCAAUGGUGGAAUGGAGAACGUAUCCAGGCAGAGUGCGAUACCUUUCAUCACACAGAAACAGGGUUUCCUUGGGCACGGUUAACAGUCAUGGUUUCUGGGGAAGCAGACAUCGCCUGCGCCGAUAUUUCUAGACGUACGGGUGCUGCUGUGCUCACUAAUGAUUCAGACAUGAUAAUUCAUGACCUGGGACCCUGCGGUGCUGUGGUUUUCUUGAAUACCAUGUACUUGGUUGAAACACAUAGUGAUGAUUCCCUUUCACUGGCAGAGCUUCGAGGGUCAAGAAUACAGCCCAGCAGCAUUUCCGGUCGCUUAGGCAUAUCGGAUAUCAGACGAUUUGCCUACGAAUUGAAACGUAGCCCCCGAGGUCAAUUCACAGAUAUUUUACGCCGAUCCAAUGAAGCCGCUGAUUCAGGGGAGAUUCCAAGGGAAUUCAUGCACUUCCUACAGGAAUACUCUCCUACAGAUGGUGGGUCGAGCGUGGGUCACCGUAGGCUACAUCCUGCAAAUCUCGACCCCAGGCUAUCUGAAUUGUACUGGCAAUAUGAACAGCCCGAGCUAUUUCGUUCACCGGAAGGGCCACACGUGUACCUAGGCAUGUUGUUCGAAGAUCACUCAAGGAGAUGUGCUUGGGAACAAGGGCGCGCAUACCGGGGACUGGGAUAUUCUCUGCUCAAUUUAUCUCAACCGCAGUCCCACCAAUGCCCAGUGGUGCAUGAAUUUGUGCGAAGAGGGAAACGUAUCGUAUCCGAACAGAUUACCACCGCCAGCAAGGAAAGCGCAACCGACAAUAUAGGCCUAUUUCGGGAGCGUAUUGCUCUGACUCGGGCCUCAUUUGGAGCUGUUUCCGCGAGUCAAUUCUGGGUACUAUUUGCCCUGUUGGAUGUAUACUGUGAUUCACUUGGUGCAAGCAUGUUACCACGUUCCAUGCAUCUCCAACAUUUCCUUCAACAUGGGCAGCUAGGUUGUCGUCUUGAGUGGGCAGAUGUGCAUCUGAUGGCUCAAGUCCAUGCCGUGCUCUAUUCACUGAGAAUAUUGAAGUUGUGCCUUCACGUAUACGAGAGCCAGAGCGGCUCGCCUCGUUGGCUAUGUAUUUUCUCCGACUUCCCUCCGCUACAUGUCCUCAUGGGAUCGUGGAAAGAUAUGAUAGAAGGAUUUUCCAAGGAUGAAGCCGCUCGCCUCGCUGCUAAUCAAUUAUUCCAAGCCCACAUGGACUAA